UCUCCCUCAGUCAGACUCGCCGCGGCUCGGGGAGGACGUCCGCCCGGAGAGAGAGCCCGCUCUCCCCGUAUAGCGUUACUGCCCGACCCGCCCGGCUCCCGCCUUCACUCCGCUCUCCAAAUGGAUGUUUUCUCCUGAUACCGUCUUUCUGACAUCGCACGGUCCUCCCGCGGCCGUGACGACCGCCUCCUCCCCGGCUCGCGUGUUAUUUGAGGUUUGUCUCGACGACACGGAGGGACUCACUCCCCCCAUCGUUAGCUCGCUAAGCUAGCUAGCCCGCUAACUUAGCUGUGAUACUUUGAACCGUAUCGGCGUCAGUUUUCCGCCUCGCAGCUAGCCUGCGGUCUCCUGCGGUCUCCUGCGCCACGGCGGCGGAUUGAGGUGACCCGUCACUAAAGGAGCAUGUUCGAGUGACAAGCAAACGAGGACGUGGGAUCUCUGAAGCUCCGCCUCCUCUGCUGGUGGAGCCCCCUGCACAUCGAGUCAGAGACCCCUCAAGUCAUUUGUAAAGGAUGCGGAGGUUUGCCUACUGUAAGGUGGUCCUGGCCACCUCUCUGGUCUGGGUGAUGCUGGACAUGUUCAUCCUGCUCUACUUCAGCGAGUGCAACAAGUGCGACGACAAGAAGGAGAGAGGACUGCCAGGCAGAGACGACGCUCUGUCCAGACCGCGAGACGGGCCCGGCGAAGGGGGGAAGCCGGUGGUGAUCCCGAAAGAGAACCAGGAGAAGAUGAAGGAGAUGUUUAAGAUCAACCAGUUCAACCUCAUGGCCUCGGAGAUGAUUGCUCUGAACCGCUCACUGCCCGACGUCCGCCUGGAAGGGUGCAAGAACAAGUUAUACCCAGACAAUCUUCCUCGCACCAGCGUGGUGAUUGUAUUUCACAAUGAGGCUUGGAGCACACUACUGAGAACCGUCCACUCCGUCAUUGACCGCUCGCCACACACACUGCUGGAAGAGAUUGUGCUGGUGGAUGACGCCAGUGAGAGAGAUUUCCUCAAACGGCCGCUGGAGCAGUACGUCAGACGGUUGGAAAUCCCUGUCCGAGUCGUCAGGAUGGAGCAGCGGUCCGGACUCAUCCGCGCUCGCCUCAAGGGAGCCUCCAUCUCCACCGGCCAGGUCAUAACCUUUCUGGAUGCUCAUUGCGAGUGCACUACGGGGUGGCUCGAACCGCUGCUCGCCCGCAUCAAGCAAGACAAGAGGACGGUGGUGUGCCCCAUCAUCGACGUCAUCAGCGACGACACCUUUGAGUACAUGGCCGGGUCCGACAUGACGUACGGAGGCUUCAACUGGAAGCUCAACUUCCGCUGGUACCCCGUACCCCAGAGGGAGAUGGACCGCCGCAAAGGAGACCGCACACUUCCCGUCAGAACUCCCACCAUGGCAGGCGGCUUGUUCUCCAUCGACAGAGACUAUUUUCAGGAGAUCGGCACGUAUGACGCAGGCAUGGACAUCUGGGGUGGAGAGAACCUGGAAAUCUCUUUCAGAAUCUGGCAGUGUGGCGGGACGCUUGAGAUCGUCACCUGCUCUCAUGUGGGUCACGUGUUCAGGAAGGCCACGCCUUACACUUUCCCCGGGGGGACGGGACAGAUCAUCAACAAAAACAACCGACGCCUGGCUGAAGUCUGGAUGGAUGAAUUUAAAAACUUCUUUUAUAUCAUCUCUCCUGGUGUGACCAAAGUGGACUACGGUGACAUCACGUCUCGGACGUCUCUGAGACAAAAGCUUCAAUGUAAACCGUUCAGCUGGUACUUGGAGAACGUCUACCCCGACUCCCAGAUCCCCCGCCACUAUUACUCCCUGGGAGAGAUCCGCAACGUGGAGACGAACCAGUGCCUGGACAACAUGGCCCGCAAGGAGAACGAGAAAGUUGGCAUUUUCAACUGUCAUGGCAUGGGAGGCAACCAGGUUUUCUCCUACACCGCCAACAAGGAGAUCAGGACAGACGACUUGUGUCUGGACGUGUCCAAACUCAACGGACCCGUCAUGAUGCUCAAGUGCCAUCACCUGAAAGGAAACCAGCUGUGGGAGUACGACCCCGUGAAGCUGACUCUGGUCCACGUCAACAGCAACCAGUGCCUGGACAAGGCCAGCGAGGAGGACAGCCAGGUGCCCAGCGUCAGAGACUGCACACACACGCGCUCCCAACAGUGGCUGCUCCGCAACGUCACACUACCGGAGGUCUUCUGACCGCGCUCGGCACACUCGCAAACACACACCCUCACACACACGGCGGCCCGGAGCGAGCGAUCGGGGGAAAGGACGCGUUUGUUGGAGACGGGCGGCGGAAGAGGAAGGACUUCCCAUGAGAGGAGGAGGAGGGGGAGGAUGAAGGGGACGGUACUGCCGCUGCCGGCGAUCAGAGGGAGGCCUCCUCAGAGCCACAGGAGCAGAGAGACUCCUUCCCAGAGACCAUGGCUGUUGUUCUACAUUUGUUUUGUUUUUCUAAAAGAGAUUUUAACACACACACCGAGAGAGAGAGAGAGACUUGCUCCCUGGGCGUGGACACGAGACUGACCGACCGACUGGCGGAGACGUUCUGCACUCACAGCUUCCCCGGACGCAGCAGUCCACCCCUCAACUCAUCACUUAACGUUUACUGACUGCCUCUUUUCAGAAUGUGUGCACUUAUUUGUAUGGGUGAGCGAGUGUGUGUGUGUGCGCGCGUGAGUGUGUAUGUCUGUGUGUGUGUGUGUACACCCUUUGAUGAAUGUAAGUAUGCCUUGGUGAUUUUCCUUUUUUUUUUUUUUUUUUUUUUUUUAUUUAAUUUUGUUACAGACUUUAAGAAUGAGCACCUCUAUGAAGAAGGAUGUGUGUGUGUAUGUGCUAAUACUGUUGUGUAUGUGUGUGUGCGUGUGUGUCGGAGCCCCUCCUACAGUCCUGCAGCAGCGUCUGUCUCCCCCUGCUGCUUCUUCCUCUGCAUUUCAUUUGACCGACUCCAGCCUGCACUUCCAGGAUUUUUCAAAAGGACAGAACAUUUUGGGGGAAAGGAAAAAAAUAAAUAAAUAAAAAGGAAAAGGAGAAAGGAACCACAACGCAAGGAACCCCCGACGUCGGCGAUCAGCAGAGAUGUAGAGAUAGAGAAUUCUGAUGUUUGUGAUAUCUUGAGAUUUCUAUGUCCAGUUUUUACAUGGCUCGUCUGUUUCUACUGUUUCAGUAACCCUAGUCUGUCCGUCGGUCUGUUGUCUUGAAAGAUGUUUAACAUAGAGCUAACACACACACACACACACACUCACACACACAUACAUGGGAUACAUGCAUAUGUUACUGAUGUUCACUGCCUCGUGUAGUGUUCAACCGCUGGGAACUUUCCCAUAAGGCACUGCAUAGUCACACACACACACACAUACAUAAGCCGUACACAUAUAGGAAAUAAGGCUGCCCUGGCCAACGACUUCAAUCCAUUCUGUCAUAUCUUCUUCUCAAUGACCUCUUAAAAAAGAAAAAAAGUACACUCCAAGGGCUUCUUUCCAAGAGCGGAGUGUGUGUGUAUGCGUUGUGUGUGUGCGUGUGCGUGUGUGUCUCUUGAGUCCAUCAGCUGUCUGUGUGAACAAAGAGCGCUCUGACUCGUCUCCAGCGGACAGCCAGCAGCCCCGAGCGCAGGGCGGCAGCACAUUCUCCAUCCUAGGAAAUAAAAGAGCAGAAUGUGUCAUUCUUCAGACGGACCAGUCUGCAGCUGUCGGGCCGAGUGAGGAUGAAUCGGGCCGGAGCGCUCGGCAGCAGACAUAUCUGAACCCCAGAACCACAUAUCUCGCUUCUCACCUGCGGCGUUUCACUGCUCAUAUCUCGGCCAGGGGGUCAGCCGUCGAACUGUGAGUCGGUCUCACUUCGUCCACCGUGUUUUCGUCGCUCCUUGAGGUGUGUGUCCCUCCUGCCUCUGCGAGUCGGGGAGCGAGAGGUGACGUCCUGAACAUUUCAGCUUCCUCCAGUGGAGGAAGGGUUUACACAUGAACUGCUUGCUCUCCUGCUGCGGACGCAGUAGUGGGAGGAGGCCGACGACCCCGCUUCUGUUCUUCUGUUUGUUUCUUCAUGUCUGAGUGGCUGUGGCCAUCAUGUGAGCGUUUUCCUGACUGUGAGACCAGGGGGAGUGUUUCCAUUGGGCAGAUUUUUUGGGGGGGGAAAGG